CGAAUAGCAGCAACAGCAGCAGUCCAAGCUAGAUGUCCACGACCCGGUUGUGAUGUGAUCCUCCGAUCUCUGCGCGACCUCGAUCUCCACAGGAAAUGGCACAAUAGGCAAGACCACCAGAAAUUCUAUGAAUGCGAGCACUGCGAUUUCGCUUCCACAGUGUGGUCUGAACUAGUCGAGCAUAGGAAAAUGUCGCACGUCAAGUGCUACGUUUGUGAGGUGUGCGAGAAGAGCUAUAAAACGUCUAGCGGAUUGAUAGAACACUUACUGGUGAAGCAUGGAAUCGAUGCGAGGAAGCGUCGUUCGAGGGAGGCUUCGUUGGCUUUGGAGUCAAAUUUAGGAGAAUCAGGAGAAAUACAUGAUACUGGAGGUGCAAGAAGUGCUACUGGUGAACCCACCAAUGCAACUGGAGGUACAACAAAAAGCACAGCAGCAGAUCCAUCCUCCUCCAUAGUGGCUGCGGCUUCAUCAUCUUCUUCUUCCUCGACCGCAAAUGGUGGCAUCCCUUUACCUUCUCCUGUUCCUCCUGUUGUAUCGCCAAUUAUGUCGGGUUUGAGCAAAAUAUUACUAGAGGAUGA